UUAUUACAUGUAUUUUUAGCUAAAAGAAAAACUACUUUGAUUGAAGAAGCCAAAGCAUUUUACCCCUGACCAAGAAAUGGAUAGCUGGAAGAUUCAGCUUGUUGUUGUGACUUUUUGUGCUUUGGUGCAAACCCAUCAGGCGUUGUCUUCUAGUGCGGAAGAGGAGAGAGGGUUAUCUAAAGGCUGGCAGGAUGAGUCAGUGGAGGCCGGUCUGACCCAGCCGAUAGCCGGUCUGAUGAAAAGAUCAAAAGCCCUUCGCUUCUAUGGACUCAUGGGGAAACGCUCAGAUAUAAAGAAACCUUUUAAAGUAAAUAGACGAAACAAAGGAGAGAUGUUUGUGGGUCUGAUGGGAAGAAGCGUUUCCAGAGGUGAAUCUUUAACAACCACUGCGAUCGAUGUUUCGGAGAAACCACACAAGCAAGGUGCGAUUGGAUCAGUAUAAAAACCU